AUGAAUUUCCAAUGCUUAUACUGGCCCGCCGCAGCACCGCUUGCUUUGGAUACAAGUAUAGUAAGCCUUCACGAUAACUCUUCUCUCAUUUUCCUCAACCCCGUGACCAUUACGAAGAAACAACUGAAGCACCUUAUCAAGUCAGCAUCUCUACACUCAAAACGCAAAACUGGCAUGUUUUAG